GCAAAUAAUUAAAUUAACUAACCAGAUGGAUUCAGAUGGAUUCGGCAGCAGCCAACAGCAGUGUGCAGCAACAGCAGCACCCAGCAGCGGCGUGCAGCAGCAGCACCCAGCAGCGGCCUGCAGCAGCAGCAGCACUCAGCAGUAGCGUGCAGUAGCAGCAGCACCCAACAACAGUGUCUAGCAGUAGCACUAGCAGCACCCAGCAGUAGUAUAUAGCAGUCCAAUCUAGCAGCAGUGUGGCUCCGACAACAGCUCCAGUAGCAAAUUAGUAGGCAGCAAUGGAGGGUUUGAGAUUUAGCGUCUGAGAUUCUUGAAUCUUGAAAAGUGAAAGUGAGGGUUUGAGAUUUAAGGUGAAAGUGAGGGCAGAAGGGUGAGAAAAGCAGAAGGGCAGCAGCAAUAGAGGGAUUUAGGGUAUGAGAUCUUCAAGAGUGCUGACGGCAAAAGAGGAAGGGAAGAUGGAAGGUGAGAGUGAUGAGAAAUGAGUAAAGUUAGGAUUAAAUACUUGAUGAUGGGUUGGAUUGGGAUGGCUCGACUUGGGUAAAAUUAAGUUAAAUUUAAUUUUUAUUAAAUUGAAUUUAAAUUU